GCGUGUCGACGCGGAGGCUGCAGUAAUUAAAGCUUCUCAUCCCCCGGCCCCUCCUUCCUCGCUCACACCGGUCACGCUGUCAUCAGUCACCGGGUCUCCCGAGCCCUGACACAAAAGCCUGUUAAAAUGAAGAUCUGGGCGUCAGAGCAUAUUUUCAACCACCCGUGGGAGACGGUGACUAAGGCGGCGAUGCAGAAGUACCCCAACCCCAUGAACCCCAGUGUGUUUGGUGUGGAUGUUCUGGACAGAAGUGUGGACAAGGAGGGACGGUUACACAGCACCAGACUGCUCAGCACAGAGUGGGGAUUGCCCGCCAUGGCCAAGACUAUGUUUGGGGUCACGAGAACAUGCACUUAUGUCCAGGAGCAUUCGGUAGUGGACCCCAAAGAGAAGACCUUUGAGCUGAAAUCUACAAAUAUCUCCUUCACUAACCUGGUAUCUGUGGACGAGAAGUUGACAUACAAGCCACAUCCGCAGGAUCCGGAGAAGACGGUGUUGACACAGGAGGCUCUGAUCAGUGUGAAAGGUAUCAGUCUGAGCAGCUACCUCGAGGGUCUCAUGGCCAAGACCAUCUCUGUCAACGCUGGCAAGGGUCGGGAGGCGAUGGAGUGGGUCAUCAGGCGAUUAAACACGGAAAUCGAGGAGUUGGCGGCGACCGCUCGCGGCACGAUGCGUGUUCCCAUGGCAGCGGCUGUCGUAGACAAAUGAUCUCGCCCAUCCUCCACCAUCAUGAAACCGGACUUCUCAAACUGUAUUCCCCUCAAAGGGGACCGCUCUUCAUCCAGCACAGCCUAGUAACCACAGCCCCAAUGUUUGGUACGUUUGUUCUUGUUUGUGUGUCACAAGACGUCGCUGCCCGUCCUUCCCCAUCAAUCUGCGCUGAAGGGUUGGAUACUCGACAGUGGGUAGUGAUGGGGAGUAUUGAGCUGAUGACGGUAAAAGAACAACAACAGCAAACUGAGAGGGUUGAAUUGAACUGCACUUGAAGCUCAUAGGACUUGAUCUUGUGAUGUAAAAGCUCUUUCAGAAAAAAAAAUUUCACACUGUGCCUUCACAUCAUUCAUUACCUUCCUCUUUUCUAUCUUUGUCUUCAAAAUUUCAUUUCUCUGAACUUCCCUUUUUAUUGUUUUCAAAUCUUUGUGAACAAGUUGAGCACUGGUAAUGACAGAAAUUAAGUCUCUUAAGCUUUGCACAGCAGAACUGGCCAUAAUAACUCAAUUCCCAAACCUCACUAAGCAGACAGGCUUUAAGUAACUUGGAUUGUACAGUAUGUUACAAACUCCAUCAGCUGUCUUGUGCUGUUGAAGCAGCAGCUUUUUUUUCUCUCCUUGGAAUUUAAAAAAACUCCAGGAUUUGAGUGUUUCUGUCACAGUUAAAGGAUCCAAACAAAGGCAGCAUCCCCAGGAACAUCUGUCAACAUGUCGCCUGAACAGGUUUAUUUACUAUAAAUACAGACACAGCUCAAGGUCUUGACCGCCAUAUCUGAGAGCAGGUGAAGUGGCCAGAAAGGAAAACCAGUUUGUAGGUAUACUUGCAUGGUGCUGGAACACAAAUGGCGGCUGUCUUGUUCCAGGUCAUGUUCAACCAGCACAACCUGGCCCUGUGCCGUCAGGUGGAACUCUGUCUGUAAUCCAGAGCACUUAAGAGGCACAGCCCGGCAGCGGGGGUUGGUUCAGAUGAGGUUUUCUACAGCGAUCGACGCCAGCUUAGACUUGUUUAUCUGUCAAAAGUUUCACAGCAUUUAAACAAAGUGGAAGAGGAGAAAGAGUUUUAGUUAAAUUUACCUUUGUACCGUUGAUGCUUGAACCUGGUGGACUGGACCUCGGAGAUUUUUGUCCCUGGUGGUUGUUCUGGUCUAGUUUUGGUUUAAAAUGACUUGAUUUUUCUUUGUCUUCAACAUCUUUUUCAGUCCAGCGUCACAAUAUAAGAAAAUGCAAACUAAAAUGUUGAACCUGUUUCCAACAUGUACUUAAAAGUGGCAGAAGGUUCAUAUUUAAAAGCGCAGCACUGCAUCAGCAUGUUGGUGUUCAACAUAGUGUUUAAGGUGUUAUGAACGCUCAGCAGUGUUGUCGGAGGGGCACUGCAGGGUCAUGUUCGGGAUCAUUGAGUGUGGAAAAUAACCUGUAUCAAUUUAGUAAACCAAAUCAGGUAACUUAGGUAUUAUUGAUGAGCAAACUUGUCUUUAGGUGUUGAUAUUCAUAGUAUAUUUGUAUGAGUGAACAUUGACAAAGGCUGUUAAAAAAAAAAAAAAAGUUUAGCUUAUGGUGUUUUGCAAGUGCAAUCUUUAUACUACAUUUCCCUGACUCUCACGUGCAACAUUAAUGGUGUAGUUGAUCUAAUAACCCUGUAACUAUCCCCUAUUCUUUCUUCUAACAAGGACAUUCUUCAAAUGAAAGUUGACAACUAUUUUCCCUCUGUUAACACCACCUCCCGGUGGAGCUCAGCAGCAGAUGCCUCCACACUUUGUAUCUUGCUCAAACAUCAUGUUCUUAGUUAGUUCUUUUUCUUUUUCACACUUGAUCCCAGUUCAACUGAGCUUUUCUUAACUUUCAAUCCCAUCAUGCAUUGUCCCGCCCAGGAACGUUCUGUGUAAAAGCCAGCUCUGCAUCCCAAGCUGACCCGUCACCUGGUCAGUUAUCCACACACAGCAUCUCAUUUCAUGAUUGACAAGUGUGGUGUUUUUUUCUAGGGGGAACAUUUUGAGUACAAGUGGCUGUAAAUAGGCUUCUAUUUAUAUUUCGUUCGUGUUACCUUCCGGGAAUGUGAACAUGUAACAAAAAACAACAACAGGAAAUAUUUCAAAAUAAAGAGAUGUCAUUGUUUCAUGAA